AUGAGCUCAGAAGAUCCCAGGGACCGCUCAGAGAGCCAAAGCUUUUUUGAGGAUGUCGUUGAGUUUCUCCAGAAGAGUGUGAGAUGGGAACACCUGAAAUUCCUGCUCGAAGACAAACCCUGGGAGAAUUUUGUGACUGAGGCCGGUUUGUCCAGGGAAGACGCAGAUGUACUCCAUGAACAUCUGAUCAAGCUGCUAACAGACUUGGCCAGGGAGGACCCAGACAGGCUCCAAAAAUACCAGCAGGAAAAGGAGAGGUUUUUGAAGGAGUUUCCUCAGGUAAAGCAGGAGCUGAAGGAGAGCAUAAAAAAGCUCCGUGAGCUCGCAGACCAUGUUGACAAGGUGCACAGGGACUGCACCAUCUCCAAUGUGGUAGCCUCCUCCACCGGCAUUGCGUCUGGCACCCUGAGCAUCCUUGGCCUGGUUCUGGCACCCUUUACAGCGGGCCUCAGUCUGGGACUCUCAGUCACUGGAAUAGGGCUGGGAGCAGCAGCUGCUGUGACAGGUGUGUCCACCAUGGUGGUAGAAAAGGUAAACAUGUCAUCAGCAGAAACCCAGGCCAGUCUCCUUGACACAGCCGAAAUAAUUUCCUAUGGCUUGGAUCUCUACGAAGUUAAAGACUUUGGGAGGCAUAUUCACGCCAUCAGGGUGGCCAGAGGCAACCCUCAAUUAGUAGCCACUGCUCAGCGCUACAUAACCACCGGGAGAGUCUCUGUCCAAAGUGCCCAACAGGUGAGAAGGCAUUUCAGAGGCACACCUCUGGCAAUGGGUAGAACAGCCCGCAUCGUGAGUGGGGUCACGUCAGGUUUAUUCUUGGCGCUGGACGUGUACUCCCUGGUGAAAGACGCACAGGACUUGCAGGAGGGGGCAAAGACAGAAUCAGCUGAGAACAUGAGGCAGAAAGCCCGGGAGCUGGAGACGAAGCUGGAGGAGCUCACCUGGAUCUAUGAGAGUCUGCAAUAG